AUGAGUCUGGGACCAGCGUGCAUUUUCCUACGAGGAGCUAAAACCAUUGACCGACCGCUGGCUGAUGAGGAAAUAGACGAGUUACGGGAGGCAUUUGAUGAGUUCGAUAAGGAUAAAGAUGGGCUGAUCAGUUGUAAAGAUCUGGGCAACCUGAUGAGGACAAUGGGCUACAUGCCUACUGAGAUGGAACUGCUUGAACUUAGUCAGAACAUCAACAUGAACCUUGGUGGAAAAGUAGAUUUUGAAGAUUUUGUUGACCUCAUGACACCAAAGCUGCUGGCGGAAACAGCUGGAAUGAUUGGACUGAAUGAGUUAAAAGAAGCAUUUAAGGAGUUUGAUUUAGAUGGUGACGGUUCCAUCACAAUAGAAGAACUGAAGCAUGCGAUGCUUAAGUUACUAGGUGAAAUGGGAAACAGGAAGGAAAUUGAGGCUGUGGUCAGAGAAGCAGACAACAAUGGAGAUGGGACAGUUGAUUUUGAAGAGUUUGUCAAAAUGAUGUCUAAAAAUUGA